CAGUUUGACUGGUUGGAAGCUGGAGCCGCCCAUGGAGGAUCCUGCCGAGAGAAAUUUAGAAACAAGGGACAUGGAUUGAAGAGAAAAUUGUGAGAAACAUUAACAAGAACCAUGUGUGGACCCAGGGCCCUGGAUAGUUCCCAGUAUGGAAAGGUCCUGAUGAAAGUUGGUCUUGCACUGAUUGUGAUUGGACACCUGAAUUUUAUCGUGGGGGCUAUUAUACAUGGAUUAGUGCUGAGACAUGUUGGACGCCACUCACUACAUUAUUCUGUCACCAACAUCAUUGCCGUGGCAUCUUCGAUUCUGACUAUAUCCUGUGGAAUAGUUGCAAUUGUUCUCUCACGGUACCUCAAAAAAACUACCCUGCGUUGGGCAACACUACUUCUUAGUAUAACUAACGCGGUGCUGUCUGCUGCCAGCACAGUAGGCAUUGCAGUUUCCGUUGUUAUGACUGUGGCUAAUGGAGGUCGCACACUGCUGUCUUCCUGUACAUUCACCCACCUGCAACUUAUCCAGAUUUCCUAUGAGUGUCCUUUCGAUCCUACAAGAAUCUAUAGUACAACGCUGUGUCUUUGGGUGAUCUCUAUUUUACUGGAUGCUACAGAAGUUGUUUUCAGUGCACGCUGUUAUGUGACAGUACUAAGGCUGAUGGAUGUUCAGCUGUGCCGCAAGAAAAAAAUGAAAAUAAGAAUCACAAUUCCUGUGGAAGAAGAGGAAGAAGGGCUGAAUGGUAGAGGCAGCUACAAUGAGUGUGUUUAA